AAAUGGAACCAACUUUUUAAUUUGAUUCAAAAUGGAACCACAAGAAUCUAAUCCACCCCAGUAAACGAGUAUGGAGUACUAGAAACGGACACAUCAGCGAAUUCACGGCCGUAAACCGAAAACGGAUUUAAGCGGCCGAGUGCCCUGCCGGCCGCCUGGUGCCUGCCGGACUUCUAGUUGUUCAAGACUUCCUCAGCCAGCGCCCAGUCAGCCUUGUGGUUGUGGACCUCUGGUGCAGACGUGCAGUGGCGCAGUGCUCUGUGCUCACCUUCAGGGAUUCAGGCUUCACGCCCGAGACCGCCCCUGUUCUGCUGUCCACGCCUCGUCGCCUUCAUUGCAGUCUUCCUCACCGCCUCAACAAUCAGCCAUCAGAAGUUCAGUUAUGGUCUUCUACUCCCUAGCCCCCCAAUGAACAGCAAGUGAUAUCUGGCAUUGAAACGAAUCAACUUCUAGGAAUGGCGGCUAAACAAAUGGAACAAGUUCAGAAGAAAUUGGCGAUGCUCAACUAUCCAAGAGCCAAUGCUCCUGCACAAGCGCUCCUUUUCGCCGGCAUGGAACGCUAUGCCCUUCUUGAAUGGCUCUUCUUCAAGCUGUUGGGCGACAAAUCCCCAUUCUCACAGCAGAAUUUACAAGGGGAUGAGGAGACCUCUCGCAUUCAAUAUUUGGCAGAGAUUGCAAAGUUCCUGGGUAUAACUACUACCGUGGACACAGAUGCCAUACAAGGGCGAGGAAGCUAUGAAGAUCGUACUGAAAUGCUGCGCCUGAUUGUUGAUCUUGUGGAGGCAAGUUUGUAUGCUGAUAAUCCUAAAUGGAGUGUUGAUGAACAGGUAAGUAAGGACAUUCAGCUAAUUGAUGCCAUAUCCGAAAAACAAGCACAAAUCUUUUCUGAAGAGUGCAAGUUGUUUCCUGCAGAUGUUCAGAUCCAAUCCAUAUAUCCGUUGCCUGAAAUUGGCGAUUUGGAGAAGCAGCUCUCAGAUCAGUCUAACAGACUUGUUAGUAUUCAGGAGAUGGUUGAUGAUUUAGCAUCAAAGCAUCCAUAUAACCCGGAUGAGGAGUACGUGGAGGUUGAAGCAAUAUUGCGGGCCCAUUUAGAAACCUUCCUAGAAACUGCUAAAUCCUUCAAUACAAUUUAUAACAAGGAAAUACGUCCCUGGACACACAUGAUGGAGGUACCACAAUUGCAUGGAUUUGGGCCAGCGGCCAAUAGAUUGCUGGAAGCAUAUAAGAUGCUUUGGAAGUUCCUAGGUAACUUGAAGAACCUAAGGGACUCUCAUGCAGCUGUGGCGGUGGGGUCAUCGACAGAAACAGUUGGGGGAGAGCCAUCUUCUGUCACCAGAAUAAUCUCAGAAUGUGAAACUGCCUUGACUCUUCUUAACCGCGACCUCUCCAUUCUCUCUGCUUCCAUUGCUCGCGAGCAAGUUGUUGAUGACUCAUGAGCCCAGGAAGAGAAAAGAGGAAAAUGUUACCAAUCAAAGCAAUUUGUCCUGUUUCAAAAUUUUCUUAUUCUUUUUAAUUUUUGUGGGCAAUACUCUGUAUAAGUUGAUCAGCCUUAAUCUAACCUACUUUUUAAACACUUUUAAGGGAAUUAAUAUUCUUUUUCAUUUUGUGUGUGUGGGGCCAUUGGGCAACAAUGUUUUAU